UCACAACCAUGAACUUCACGCUGACGCUGGCUGUAUUCUUCACCCACAGUUGGAUCUGUGUGGCAAUUUCUGAGUUCUUCAUUGUGGAGGUUCAUCCUGGUGAAGAAGUUACAUUAACAUGUUCCAACUUCAGCAGUGUUCCCCACUUCAUACACUGGUUCAAACUAGACAAAGGAACACAUUUUAGCCAAAUCUCAACUAUGUCGAAUUCUGAGGACCCUGCUACAUUACAUGAGGGAUUUCAAAACGGCAGAUUUACAAUGACGUCAAACACCAAAAACCUCUUUCUCAAAAUCAAAGACAUGGAUUUCAGCGACUCUGGACUGUACUGCUGUGGAUUCAACAAAGACGAAAACCCUGUACCUUUUAGUGCAACAUAUUUACAAGUUAAACACUUGUCUGGAUUAACAAAUCUGCUGAGUUUCAUUCUGGGAGGUGUAAUUAUCAUUCUCGUAGUGAUCAUCAUCUGUCUGGUUGUCAAAAUCUGCUCCUUAAAAACAACUCCAGAUGAGGAACAGAAUCCACAUCACAACAAAAAUUUGGAUGAUAACUAUGCAAGACUGAGCUUCCGUCCCAGAGCUAGAAGAAGCCAAAAUCUUCCACCAGAGAGAGAGAUGGAGCCAAAUGUUGUGUAUGCUGCCACGAGAUGAUGAAUACUGCUCAGAGAGAAGAUAAUGUCAGUACCUGGUUAAUUUGUGUCCUAACUGUUCUGUGGACUGAU